GAGUAUUCAUCAUUCAGCGAAAGAUGAACCGUUUAAUAUCAGUUACCCUCGGCUGCCUGUGCAUUAUCUAUGCCGCCCAGUGUGCAACUCUUAAUCAGACAGUAUCGGCCGCUGUUAGCACUUCGAUGACGAAGGUUAACGCAACGAUCGUAACCUUUAACAGUACCGUCGCAAGCGCUGAAACAUCCGCCCUCGCAGCACUGAUCGCGUUUGCAACGGUAGUCAACCAAACGAUCUAUCCUUUGCUCACUAAGUACAGUGCUUAUGGGGUCAAUGCAACCCAGGUGAAGACAGCUAUCGCGGGAAUCUCCGAACAGCUGGAUGAUGCCAAACAGACUCUGCAAACCUUCAAUUCUAAUCUUUUCACUGCCGCAAUCACGCCAGUUCUGGCUCAAGUACAAAUUAUCAACCAAACAUUGAACAACGCCGCUGUUAAUUUGACGACACUGUCCUUGACUGGCGGUAAGAAUAGCGUUACCUGUCUCACGAAAUAUGGUGCAAUGCUAUCCCAAGCACCAGUUUCGGUGGACAGAAUUAACACAUGCAUUACGGCCGAGGUACCUCGGAUAUCAGCACUAGCGACAAACGUGACUACGAUAUUCUCGAUGGCCCAAACGGUUGCUACGCAAAUGUUAAGUCUGAUUAAUAUUUGCUCACCAGUACCGAACCAAGCAUGUGUGCAACAGUUUUACACUCAGUUCAGUACCGUUGGGUCGGACGCAUACAACAUGCUGGAGUUAUUCAAUGGAUUUUCUGCGUUUUCCAAUACAAUUUCGUUCCGAUUGGGUCGUUGUGCAGCGCUGGUCAGUGCGGACAUCAGCGUACUGUCAUUGUCAUAUACGAAUAGUUUUGUAAAAUGUCUUACAACGGGUUCAUAAGUGUAUUCUAAGUCAUUAUAAACUUACACUAAAUUAUAUGCGGUUGGUUGAAUUAAAUUGCAAACGCCUGCAGCGUUUCCUUCUAAAAAUCGCAGAACAGGUCGGAUAUUCUUUGUUGUAAGUAAAGAGAUUUAGAUUCGAUUAGCAUAUCGAAGUGACGGACUAACAGAC